CCCAAGAUGGCGGUCGCGACGCUUCUCCGGGGCGCGGCUCCGGGACGCGGCGGCCCAGCUUGGCGCUGGAGGCUGCACGCGGUCCCGAGGCGCCGUCUGGCUCAUAGCUCUGGCCGUUUUGGCAGGGACCGUACGGAUAGGGCGGCUUGGGCGUGUUUCCUGCUAGACGAGCGCUCCCUGCUGCGCGUGCGCGGCCCGGACGCGGCGCCCUUCCUGCUGGGGCUACUGACCAAUGAGCUGCCGCUUCCGGGUUCCCCGGACCACGCGGCCACGCCUCCUGUGCGCGCGGCCUACGCCCACUUCCUAAACGUUCAGGGGCGCACGCUUUAUGACGUCAUCCUGUACGGGCUCCCCGGGUAUGCAGAGGAGGCAUCAGGCUUCUUCUUGGAGUGUGACAGCUCUGUGCUGGGCGCACUGCAGAAGCACCUUGCACUGUACAAGAUACGGCGGAAAGUUACAAUGGAGCCGCGCCCAGAGCUCCGAGUGUGGGCGGUGCUGCCCAACUCUCCCCAGGCUGACCAGACUGCACCGCUGCAGGAGAGGGCAGAGGCCACUGCCAUCCUCACCCGCGAUCCCCGGACUGCAUGCAUGGGGUGGCGGCUCCUUACCCAGGAGGAGGGUCCAGCCCUGCUGCCCCGGGCCCAGCUUGGAGACCUCCAGGAUUAUCAUACGCACCGAUACCAGCAAGGCAUCCCUGAGGGGGUCCGUGACCUGCCCCCAGGGGUGGCUUUGCCUCUGGAGUCCAACCUGGCCUUUAUGAAUGGCGUGAGCUUCACCAAGGGCUGCUACAUCGGCCAGGAGCUGACCACCCGCACCCACCACAUGGGUGUCAUCCGCAAGCGGCUCCUCCCUGUGCGGCUGACUGGCCUCCUCCCUGCAGGCGGUGUGGGCCCCGGCACUGCAGUACUGACUGCAUCGGGACAGGCAGCAGGCAAAUUCAGGGCUGGCCAGGGGAAUGUGGGGCUGGCCCUGCUGCGUUUGGAGAAAAUCAAGGGUCCUCUCCACAUCAGGAUCUCUGAAAGUGAUCAGGUGGCAGUAACUGCAUCCGUGCCAGGCUGGUGGCCUGUGGCCACCAAGUAGUCCUAGACACCCUCCACUCUGCAAGCCUUAGAGUUACGGGGCGCCUUGGGGCCUCUGUUCCUGGUAUUCAGUCUGUCUGCUGUGCCCUCUUGGGUAUGAGCAGGGUGAACGUGGGUGCUCCCUGUGGUGGCCACUUGAGCACACCUACCUGGGGAGGUUCCUGAGUGUGCAUGGUUGCCCCGGGCUUCAGGUGGGUGCAUCCUGUGGAGGGUCCCAGACUCAUGAACUGACUGUGGGGAGUUCAAUGCUGGGGACAGGAUGGAGAGCCCGCGUCCACCCGUGCGCGGUGCUGAGUCCUUGCCUGGGCCAGGCCCCGGAUGAGCUCACACACGGUCUGUGAGCACAAGAGCGUGAGCCUUUGUCAGUCCUGGUAGCUCCCUGGCAUUGUCCCCCACUGCGGGGGAUGUGUCCUGUGUGCCUCCAGAAUGGGUCACUGGAGGAGGCAGGCACCUGUGUGUGCCAGGUAGCUCUGGUUUUGGGUGGCCAGGUGAGCCCUGCUCACUCCACACUGGGAAUCCAGCCCCUCCUCCGGAAGCCCCAGGAGGGGCAGGGCCCAGCUGCUGCUGCUUUCUCCCGCCUUACCUGUUUGCAGGUUUGGGGACAUAUAUGUGUGCUUUCAGUCAGUGAGCGACUUGCUGGUGAGUGAUGGCCUGUUUGAACCACUGUCUUCUUCCCUCUGUUGCCAAGUGGACUGGCCACUGGGGUAGCCCUCGGAGGGACUAUUAAAGUGUGACCUGAAGCAGCG